AUGGAUAGGAGAAAAUGGAAGAAUUACCCAACGAGAGAGAUAAGGCUUAGUAAAGACUCUAAUUCUUCACUUAAGAAUUACAGUCAUAAGCAGACUGUACAGAAUGAAGAAAAGCCUGGAAAAUUAGGAAUUCCGCAACCGAGAGUUAAAAUGUCGACUUCAAAUGUAGGGAACUUUAUGAAGUUGUCGAACAGUAUCAAGGUGGGCCCUCUGGCUUCUUCAGAGAGUGAGAAAACCAAGUCGAAAUUUAAUGGGACGCAGAGUAUUGUUAAGAAUCUUCUCAACAUAAAAACGAAAUUUCGAAAAUAAGACAAAUUCAAGAAGAUCAAAGAUGAGUUCGGGCAUGUCCAAGUUUGCUAUUCAAGAGGAAAGAUCGUCUAGUUUAUUACUAGCACCGAAGGCACCUAUUGAUAACAUAGACCUGACUAAAGGAAUAAGCUCCUUAAAAUACCCCCAUUCUCCAGAUUUUGGGUAUGGAACAAAGAUUCUCUUUGAGUCUUAUCCUCAUUCAAAGAGACCUGAGAGCCAAGUCUCAACUGAGAAACAUUGGAAAUAAGCUAAUAGAUUUUGUAGCUAAGAAGCCAAAACCAGAAACCAAAAUGAUUUUGAAAUAAGUUAAAUGAAAAGAAGCAAAAAUAAGAUCCAAAAAGUUACAGAAAUGUUGCUUUCAAAAAGCAAGAAUAGAAGACGAAAGAGGCUCACUAAGGUUCACAAGGCAUCGUUCAAUAAAAUCAGUGAGAGGUUUAAUAUGUAUUCAGAUAUCUCAAAGAAACUUAAGGACUACUCAGAUAGGGUUAGGCUUUCAACUACAACCUCAGUUAUUCACAGCUCUGUUGCUAAAUAUACUGUGAAGAGUCCAAAUUCUAAAAAGCACAAAGUUUGUAGAGGUGCCACAAAAGGGUUCAUUCAACUUAGUCAUGAUCUGAAGGAAGUAAAUUCUCCUAAUGAAGGUACUCUCAAAGAAUGGAAGAUUGAUGAAAUUCCAACAAUGCUAUCAAGAAGCAUAACUGAAAGAACAAGAUUUAUUGUUCGCAGAGGACAGAGAAAGAGUAUAUUUUUCUUGGUCUACUUACUUAAUAGGAUUCCUAAAUAAUAGUCUAAUGAAUAUGACAAAACAUAACAGCCAGACCAGCCAACACAAGUACAGGAAAAUCAGGUUCCAUGAGAAUAUUGACUGGAGGAGCAUUCAAAAUAUCAGUUGCGAUACAAUGCAAAGGCCACGACUUACCGUGCCAAGAAUGGCUCUUAAAGAAGUUAAGGCUAUUAACUCUCACCUUCAAGAUGAUUACAUUGAUUGUUUGAAUUUUCUAGUCCAAUACAAGUUCAAAAGAAUAAAUUUAUACCAAGAUAUCAGUAAUAUGACUCAGAUAAUCCACUACAUCAGUGAAGUCAAGAAGGAGAUGAAGGCUCAAAAUCCCAACAAAUACAAAGUUAGUUUCCUAAUAGAUCUGCUUCAACUGGAAAUUGGAAAGUUUAUUACAAAUUCCAAAUUCAGUAAUUUCGAAAGCCGCAAUCAAAGAAUACACAUGAAUAGGUCUAUUUAGGGUUUAAUGAAUCCACACC